AUGAAUAUAUGCAUUUUGUUUCUUAUACAUUCCGUCAAUGCUCUAUCCCUGUACGAUGCCGUUGCUGGACCUAUCAUCGAGAAUACUCUCAAACUGCGCUAUAAGACCUCAGGACCCCAGAUUCGAGAAGAAAUAUGUGAAGAGAAAGAUAAAUGUUAUUUAAUAUAUGAUAUGUUAGGAUAUAUAGGUUAUGAAGUAUUUGGUGUGGAUCUUAACUUCAGCUUAGGUUAUUCAGCUGUUUUACUAAAAACUCCUCAAGAUUAUAAUGAAAAUUUCUAUGAUGUUUCAACGUGGAUGCCGCAUAAGGAGAGAAUGAGUUUCGAUCCAUAUCCGUUUGCAAUAUGUGAUGCAUUUUUCUGGUCGGGUGCUAUACCUCGUAAAGCAAACGAAAGGAUGUAUGAUAUUACUAUCAUUGGUUUGGGUGGAGGAGAUUUUUCCAACUAUUAUGACAGUCAUUACCCACAUCUUAACAUCACUGUGGUUGAAUUGAGCCCUACGGUUGCUUACGUAGCGAGGAAAUGGUUCAAUGUCACAGAAUCUGAUCGUUAUCGGGUUAAAGUUCAGGAAGGAGUUUCCUAUCUGGAAGGAUUGAGAAACGAUGGAAAACAAAUGGAUGGAGUUCUGCUCGAUGCAACAUACAACUCUAUGAACGCACGCUAUGUCUCUCCAGUUGAAGAUUUUCUUAAGUAUUCUUCUUUGAAGUUAUUAUCUCAAGUUAUCAAGAGAAAUGGAGUUCUUGUGAGCAAUGUUGUUGUUGGAAAGAAAUCGAGUAACUCAAAGAAAGCUCUUCUAGAGAUUGUCGAACUGUUUCAAAAGUUCUUUGCAUAUGUUGAAUUAGCUGAGAUGAGUAGCUUCAACUCGGUUCUCAUCGCCCGACACGAACCAUUUCUGCAUAAACGCAAAGCUGACUUGUACCCCAAAGUUAUUCCUUUCCAUUACAUUCAUAUCUGA